GGCAGGGGCAGGUAGAAGCACAGGAUCAGAGUUACCUCCAGCAAAGGGCAGAGCGAGAGAAAACAAUGUGAUAAAGGGGGAGAAAGUCAUCGAUAAAGGAGAGUAACAGAUGCAGGGGAAGGGGAGAGAGUAACUGGCAGUAGAAGACACCAGGGAGGAAGCCUACAGAAGAGAGUUCCAAGUCUAGAGAGAGUGACUGAGAGAGUAAGUGAGAGAGUGAGAGUAACAGCCAUAGAAGGAGAGACUACCUGGCGGGUGUAAGUGGCCCUGGAAGGCAGAAGGUACCGCUGAGAAAGUAAGAGAAGAAGAAGAAGAAGAAGAAGAAGAAGAAGAAGGGGCAAAGGACCAUCUUGACCAACUUGAGUGAGGAACUCUUUCUCCAUUCAUUUGCCGGCCCUUCAGAGUCCUAACAAUGGGGGAGUUGGAACAGUUGCGCCAGGAGGCUGAGGCACUGAAGAAGCAGAUUGCGGAAGCCAGGAAACAAUGUGCAGAUACCACCCUAGAACAGACUACCGGGGGAAUGGAGGUGGUUGGCCGCAUCCAGUUGCGCACAAGACGGACACUACGUGGUCACUUGGCUAAAAUCUACGCCAUGCACUGGUCAACAGACGCUAGACUUCUUGUAAGCGCUUCUCAGGAUGGAAAACUGAUUGUGUGGGACACAUACACUACGAACAAGGUCCAUGCUAUCCCUCUGCGUUCAUCGUGGGUGAUGACCUGCGCCUAUGCCCCCUCGGGUAACUUUGUUGCAUGUGGUGGGCUGGAUAACAUGUGCUCCAUCUACAACUUAAAGACACGUGAAGGGAAUGUGAGGGUGAGCCGGGAGCUUGCAGCACACACAGGUUACCUUUCCUGCUGCCGGUUUCUUGAUGACAAUCAAAUUGUGACCAGUUCAGGAGAUACAACAUGUGCUCUAUGGGACAUUGAGACAGGACAGCAAAAGACUGUGUUCACAGGUCACACAGGAGACUGUAUGAGCUUGGCUGUCUCUCCUGAUUUUAACCUGUUCAUCUCUGGAGCUUGUGAUGCCUCCGCUAAACUGUGGGAUGUGCGACAGGGCGAAUGCAGGCAGACUUUCACCGGACACGAGUCCGACAUCAACGCAAUUUGUUUCUUCCCCAGCGGGCAGGCAAUAUGCACAGGAUCUGACGACGCCACGUGCCGCAUGUUUGACCUGCGUGCAGACCAGGAGAUCAGCGUGUAUUCACAGGACAGCAUUAUUUGUGGGAUCACUUCCGUGUCCUUCUCCCUUAGUGGACGCCUCCUUUUUGCUGGAUACGAUGAUUUCAACUGCAACAUCUGGGAUUCUCUAAAGCGCGAGCGUGUGGGUGUCCUUUCUGGCCAUGAUAACCGCGUGAGUUGCCUUGGAGUCACUUCCGAUGGAAUGGCUGUAGCCACAGGAUCAUGGGACAGCUUCCUGAAGAUCUGGAAUUAAUCAGAAAGUAGAAAGGCACAGACCUCCUCUCACCUCCCACCUAUGUAUGUCACAGAUCUACAGACUGCCCCUCCAGUAUCUCCAGUCCUACCAUUUCCUUGCAGAGCAUCUGCACAGAUCUGCAGGCAGUCACUCCAGUAUCUCCCCUCUUACCAUAGUUCUGCAGAGAUCUGAAGGCCAUUGCUCCAAUAUCUACCCUCCUACCAUAGUUCUGCAGAGCAUCAGUGAGAUCUGAAGGCCAUUGCUCUAGUUUCUCCCCUCCUACCAUAGUUCUGCAGAGCAUCAGCGGAGAUCUGAAGGCCAUUGCUCCAAUAUCUACCCUCCUACCAUAGCUCUGCAGAGCAUCAGUGAGAUCUGAAGGCCAUUGCUCUAGUAUCUCCCCUCCUACCAUAGUUCUGCAGAGCAUCAGUGAGAUCUGAAGACCAUUGCUCUAGUAUCUUCCCUCCUACCAUAGUUCUGCAGAGAUCUGAAGGCCAUUGCUCCAGUAUCACCCCUCUUACCAUAGUUCUGCAGAGCAUCAGUGAGAUCUGAAGACCAUUGCUGUAGUAUCUUCACUCCUACCAUAGUUCUGCAGAGCAUCAGCAGAGAUCUGAAGGCCAUUUCUCUAGUAUCUCCCCUCUUACCAUAGUUCUGCAGAGCAUCAGUGAGAUCUGAAGACCAUUGCUCUAGUAUCUUCACUCCUACCAUAGUUCUGCAGAGCAUCAGCAGAGAUCUGAAGGCCAUUGCUCUAGUAUCUUCACUCCUACCAUAGUUCUGCAGAGCAUCAGCAGAGAUCUGAAGGCCAUUGCUCUAGUAUCUUCACUCCUACCAUAGUUCUGCAGAGCAUCAGUGAGAUCUGAAGACCAUUGCUCUAGUAUCUUCACUCCUACCAUAGUUCUGCAGAGCAUCAGCAGAGAUCUGAAGGCCAUUGCUCUAGUAUCUUCCCUCCUACCAUAGUCCUGCAGAGCACAGGCAGACUAAACUUCCACUAUCUACCCUCCUAAAUAAAAUAUGUUUGAAGAUAGAAAGAACUUGUUAUGUAGUGCAACAAUUGUUUGCUAUUUUCAGUAUAUACAUAUGGGAUAACCAGCCUGUGGACCUUCAUCUGUUGUUAUAAUGGUGGGAUUCUGAGAGUUGAGGGCCGAAGGUCCUACAUCCCUGGUUUAUCUAUGUUUCCCCCUGUAUUUGGUUUCCUCUUGUUAAGCCACAGAUUGGUUGCUAUUUGCUUUAUAGAUCCAAGUCAUUUGACCUCUGGACAACUGAACUUAAAAAUAUUUGGAGGUAUUUUUGUCAAAAGUUAAUAAGCAAUUUAGGGUUUGGCUUUGGUUCGGUAUUGGCCAUCUUUUGUUUAGGAUUUGGUACAUUCCUAAUAACACCACUGCCCCAGUAAGCACUUAUGGGCCCUACAGGGACCAGUGUUUCUCUGCUUGCUUUCACCCCUUUCCUAUAAGGGAUUAACCAAUGGGAUCCCCUUACUUGUCCAAACCCUGUAAAGCAAAUAUAACUGCCUCGUAGAUUUCAGGAUACUGCCGACCCUCCCCAGAUCUUUCCUUAGCCGCUAGCUUAUGGAGCAUGAUGGGGUUUCUAAGGUGCAACGCCUGAAAUGACCUAGGCUGCCGGAACCUUACCUGGAGCAUAACACUUCUGAUACCUCCCGUGCCAGUGCCCUUUAGAGUAUCUCUGCAUUUAGCCUUUGCCCUUUUUAGAUACCCCCAUGCCAGCCAAUGAAGAGCAUCACCCACUUCUGAUAUAGAAACUCUUGGCGGGGUGAAUCUGUGAUAGCCGUGUGUAAAUCUAUUUAUUAUGCUCACUUCUGUCCCUUGUCACUUUUACAAUAAGUUUGUGUUUUAUAGAAAGAAAGAAGAAAAUAAAAUAUAUUUUAGGGCAUGGCA